UCGCAGGUUUCGUCUCGAUUCGUAGAAUGAAGAAUUCGCCGUUUCUCGUUUCGCUUAUCCUCUGUUACGGACUUCUCAGCGAAAAUUUCCUCGAAUUGCCAGCGAAAUUCGCAGGUUUCCCGCUCGAGAGCCUCCCAGAAUGCAUCGAUCGCGCCAACAUGACAAGCGCUGAACUGAGAAAAUUGCACGACUCGCCGGAGGAGAGAAUUAAAAUGAUAAACGGAGACGGAGACUUCAGAAAAUUCGGCUGCUUCGUGGCUUGCGUUUUCCAAAAAAUCGGCCUGAUGACAGGAUCCGCUUUGAAUUCUCAAACGGUCUCAGAAUUCAUCGAGAGCAAACACGACGGCAAUCUAGACAUGGUUUCGUUUGUCUCGAAGAUGGUAGAAGUGUGCGCAAGUGACAUCGAGGAAACAGACAACGAAUGCGACGUCGCUCUAGCUUUCAGAGUGUGCUUGCUGAAAGCUAUGCGUACUCGUGACUGAAAUCGAUUUAUUCAUGUAUCCAUGGAAAUUGUAAUUGUAAUUCGUAAAUACUGCUCGAACAAAUA